AUGAACAUGCUGAACAUGGCGACUACAACGAUUGCCGAACAACAGCUGGAAACUCCGAGCGAUACCUGGACUACCUCUCAGCAAUCUAUGGGAGGUGUUUUGCCUCGGAAUGUCCAUACCACUUUUAAUUAUUACAAAGACCCUGGAGACGGUACCGAACAUGCCCCAAGUCUCGCCGGGAAAAGAGCUACAUUCAAUCAACCUUCCGUCGACCUCGAGCAUGUGGUGACAGACAUUACAGGCAGUGUGGAUAAUUAUACUCUAGACAGUCACGGUUUCCAGCUAUCUGCACAUGCAAGUCAAGAGAAAGAUUUCCUUGAUGAGGAGCGCAUCAAAGCAAUUUACUACCCUGAGGUCGAGAAAUUGGUCUAUGCUAUGUAA